CGGCUGGGAUUGGCUACGGGCUCGGUUUGCAUCGUUGCGAUAUGGUUGCGAAAGACGCCCGACACGCACAGCACGCUGUAUGCUGGAGGGAGCCGAAGGGUGUCAAGCGAGCCGGGCUGGACCGAACCGAGCUGGGACGGCAGCACUGCGGAGCGAAUGGAAGGAGAGAAGAAGCAACUCAGUUAAAACCUCGAAGUGUUAUUUUAUGUUAUUUUAUUUUAUUUCCACAAGUCAGCUGGCGGUUUAUUUUCAUAUGUGGAUGUGAUUUUUAUUUUUAUUAAUUUUUUCCCCUCCAUAUGUUUGCACGAGACUAACCAAAUCCCUCAAUAAGAAGGAUUAGAGGAAGAAAUGGAGAAUUCAAACGGCUUCUCGUCGGACAGGAACAUCCUGUGCCUGUUUGACGUGGAUGGCACCCUGACACCCCCCAGAGAGAAAAUCGACCCCCAGCUGGAUGAGUUCUUCCAGACUCUGCGGAGGAAAGUGAAGAUCGGCAUAGUGGGAGGAUCGGACUACUCCAAGAUAGCAGAGCAGCUUGGGGAGGGGGAUGAUGUGAUACACAAGUUCGACUACGUGUUUGCUGAGAAUGGAACAGUGCAGUACAAAGAUGGGAAACUGCUCUCAAAACAUGCCAUUCAGAACCAGAUCGGAGAGGAGCUGCUGCAGGACCUGAUCAACUUCUGCCUCAGCUACAUGGGGCUCAUCAAGCUGCCAAAGAAAAGGGGGACAUUCAUUGAGUUCAGGAAUGGAAUGCUGAACAUUUCCCCCAUUGGUCGGAGCUGCACCCUGGAGGAACGAAUCGAAUUUUCUGAAAUCGACAAGAGAGAGAAGAUCAGGGAGAAGUUUGUUGCGGCCCUGAAAGAGGAGUUUGCUGGAAAGGGCCUACGGUUCACUAAAGGUGGUCUCAUCAGCUUUGACAUUUUUCCAGAGGGAUGGGACAAGAGACUGUGUUUAGAGGUGCUGGACAGGGAAGGCCUGGACGCCAUCUACUUCUUCGGCAAUGAAACCUCAGAUGGAGGGAAUGACUUUGAAAUUUUCAACGAUCCACGGACCAUCGGUUUCACAGUUUACUCCCCGGACGACACAGCCAGGCUCUGUCGGGAAAUUUUCUUCGAUGCUCCACCGCACGAGUCCUGAUGUCCUUCACCCAGACGCCCCUCUGAACUGGAGUUUUGGAUGUCUGCUGUUCUGACAGCCAGCAUCUGGAGCCCAAACUAUUUAUGAACUGCUGACAGAUACCACUACUGAUGUUAUUAAUAAUGUUAAACAUAAACGGACAGCAGCGGUGAGAUUUAUCAACAUUACAGUUGAGUAAAUCGCACAGCUUUUUUAAAAAAAGGGACUGGGGUAGAGUUAGAUGAUGUUGUGUGUUGAACUUUUAAGUACUGUGCCAGAAGAUGUGUUUGACUGUGGAGUCACCGCACUGAGAUAUGUAGCAUGGAACCUGAAAUGAAUCCAAAAGCUUUGAGAGAUUAUAAAGCAUCCUGCAAUGUGGAAAGUUAAUGCUUCGAGUAAAGAAUGUUUUGCAGUAAUUUUGCUAAAUUUGAUGCUAAUUGUUCACACUGCUGAAAGGGUUGAGAGAGACUGACUUUGCUUGUUGUGUUCUGAGUCCAUUUUAAACAAUGAGAUGUGAAUAAGCUGAAGAUAAGAGCCUUCCUUCCUCUGGGCUUGAGGACACAGGAAUCAUUCCGGGUGUUUUGAAGUUUGAUGUGAUUUGUUGGUCGUUUACUGUGAUCCCCUGAAUGUCAAGUGUCUGUUUUAGCUUCGCAAAGCUGCUGAAAGAUAAAGGAACUUGCUGGUGUUUCUUGUUUUGCAUCUUGAGGUUUUUAAAAUGCAUUAAAGUGAAGAUGUUGCAGAUAUAUAUUUAAAAUUAAACAUGACUGAUUCAGUGAAUUCAUCUCACUCCGCAGACUUUUGUGAGUCAGUAUGGCAACUGUCUAUGUAGAAUAUUUUUACAAGUUGUGUCAUGCCCUGCACCCUGUAAGCUGGGUAAAUAAAUGUACUGGUUCUUAUUGCUUGAGACCUCGUAGCAACAGACUACACAGGUUUUUAAAAGGUUUAAGGAUGUGGAAACAGCCAGAUAUUAUCUUUGUGAUGGAUCAUUAUUGUGAAUAUGUUGAUAAGUCAUAUUUUUGAGUGUAAACCCUUCAUCGACUUGAAAGGCUACAUGGUUCAUAUGGACUUCUAAUGCGUCCCUGAUGCUAACUUUAAGGUUGUAUUUCAGCCACUUACUGAUACAAAUUAAUUAUAUCUAUUCAUUAUGUCUUCAUUGUAAUAAAUUUUGAUAUCAUUUAAA